AUGUCCAACAACUCUAGUGUCGAUCGAGCCUUUGGCAACGCCACGAAUGAACCCACUGACGACAACAUAACGGGUACUAAUACUACUCUGGACACCGGGAACGACGCCCGCCUUCCAGGAGAUGUUGCAUUCAAGGAUUCGCAGUGGACUUGGAACAUGGGUGAAUUCGAGAAUCGCGACCUCCACAAGGCUCUCAAACCCCCCGAUCCUUCUAACAUCAAUUAUCUACAAACCUCAGCGUACAUCCGGCGUGUAGCCCAUGAUGUACUGCGUGACUGGUCCGUGACUAAGGCCCAAUUGUCUCCUUUACUGGCGUUGUGUCUGCCGACCACCGCUCCUGCACCCCUCCGAUUGCAAUUCAAGACACCAUCGAUGCGAUAUCCGCGCAAAUGCGAACUCGCCCUCCUUGCGCACCAUCGCCUGACUACCAUUGUACACCAUGAGAUACUCGGGGACAUCGCAGAGGAGCUCAUGCUCGGGGAUAUCGUAAAGUGGAGUACUGAUGGAAAUGAAACUAUGACAGAUGCGGCUGUGGUGAACGCGCUCCGUGGGGAAUUUCCUUUCAAAGCAGGCGGGACACUUUCCAGAGAUUCUCAGCAGAAAGUCACUGGCGCACAGAAGGCCAUGCUGCACACGCUCGAGUCGUCACGUGAGGCAGACUUCGAGCACCAUCAUCGUCGCACGCAUGGCGAUAUACUGGAAGUCUUCUUCCACCACAUUGCUCCUGGCCUGCCAUACUACGUGCGGAAUGGUACAGGCGGGAACCGCAAGAAGAAUAUAUACAGAGGCAAUGGUGGCAAUGUCAAAUCACCCCUGCCUGAUCUGGAAGACGUGAUCAAGCACAAGCUGAACUCCUCCGAGUCUGUUGUACAUGCAACCGAAAUCAAGACACGUUUGUCGAUCGACAAGAGUUUCAUGGCCACCCUCUUCAAUAGUGAUGGAAAUGAUAUGGAACCGAAUUAUCAGGAAAUAGCUGAUCAGCAGUGCAACUGCCCUGGUUUCGCCUACAGGUUCCUCUGGCCCACGACAACCAAAGCUCGUCUGACGGCCCAAGUCCAGAUUGUUGUGCAAGUCUGGACUGCGAUGGUCAGCAAGGCGCUGCCUGCCAUGGAAGUCUCCUGCAGCGACACCACCUUCUUUUUCUUCCGUCCGCCUGAACAGCCACAAACACUGUACAUUUCACGCUUGUACAGUGACCCGGAUUGUCGCUCAGAUACCGUAUGCAAUCCGGAUACCGCGAGUAUGACAAACCUGACCCGUGCGGCGAUGCGUUACGUUGCAAACAAUCCAUUGCUGUGCUCAAAGCUUGAAUCACAACUUCCCGACCCCGUGAAAACGCAUUGGCCACCAACAAUCAGCAGAUCAAAGAAGGCUGGGGAGAACGUGGGCGUUGACUGGAAGACGUGCUGGGAACUCGGAAAGGACAAGCUAAAUCCGAGGCGGGGCACCCGAGAACGGCGUACAGUCGGAGUAAAUGUGUAG